AUGGGCAAUGGAACUGACAAUCCUAGGCCUGCGGGUUCAUUCAAAUUCGUGCUCAAAUGGAUCGCUGCACAUAAGGAUGUCAAGGGGAAUGAGAGAGCGGACGAGGAGGCUAAGAAGGCAGCACAGGGGGAGUCUAGCCCACCAGAGGAACUGCCACCUAUCCUGCGGAAAUGGCUACCUUACAGCGCGGCGGCAAUCAAGCAAGAUUACAGGGAGGGGUUGAAGUCCAGAUGGCUCGAGGAUUGGGGGAUGUCGCCACGAUACGCGAAGUUUCAACACGUGGAUCCAGACUUCCCAUUCAACAAGUACCGGACAAUCAGCGAUGAGAUAACUCAAGCGUCCUGGCUUGCCCGGCUCGCGUAA